UGCGGGCGUGGGGGUGGCAGGAGCCGCGGAGCCGGCACCGAGAGCGGCUGCGGCUGUAGCCGGCGGUCCAGACAAAGGCGACGGGUUGGUUGUGAAGUUUGUGGACGUUUGACUGAAACCUGGAACCCAAAUGAGAAGAAACCUUCAAGGAACAGCUUCUAUUGAUAGUGAGUCUACAGUCAUCUGUAUGCAUAAUAUGGAAUGUUCUCAACCCACAGAUAGCUAAAUGGGUGACUCCAUUGACAAGGAGUGACUACCUGUUAGACGCCCUGCAUCAGGACAACAAUUUUUGUACCUUCCUGGUGGUUGAGAAGCGAGUCUCUGUAGAACAGAAGGAAAGAAAGGAAAACAGAUUGACUUUCUUCAUUAAAUUGACUGUAUAAGAUACUUGACUUCCAGGAACAAGAACACAGAGAAGUAAUAAAAUUAUUUUUUGGGCAUCAUUGGACAUUCAGCAUAUCAAGGAGCUUGCUUUGUGAAGUUUCCUGAGCCAAGAUUUGAAAACUUCACUGGUGCUCAUUUAUACUGUGGACUAUAAGCAUGAGUGAAUUCUGGUUGUGUUUCAACUGCUGUAUUGCAGAACAGCCUCAGCCUAAAAGGCGCCGGCGGAUUGACCGAAGUAUGAUUGGAGAGCCAACAAAUUUUGUGCACACGGCUCAUGUAGGAUCGGGAGAUCUAUUCAGUGGAAUGAAUUCAGUUAGCUCCAUUCAGAACCAGAUGCAGUCCAAGGGGGGCUACGGGGGUGGGAUGUCUGCCAGUGUGCAGAUGCAGCUUGUGGAUACGAAGGCUGGAUAGCCCCGAGUCCUGUCUCCUAAGUGUGAUGGCAUCUUGUUCACCCUGUUGUGAUUUCUCCAGUGAGACGUUCUUGUUCUGCUCUGAAGAAGCUGUUGUCAGAUGAACCUUGCAUUUCCUUCGGCUGGCAUGCAUGCCUUUGGACUCACGGACUUUGGAUCGUGGCUUCGUUUUUAUCAAUUAUGGAUCUAAUCUUAGCAUGAUCUUUUUUUGUGAAUGCUAGCACUAUUUUGCAUCCCCCCCCCAUUUUAAACGUUUCUAUUUCCAUCUCCAGCCCUCUGCCUUAUGAGUUUGUUGGUAAGGUAGGACCUGCUAUUGUUAGUCACUGUUUCUGUAUAUUUUGGAAGGUAUGACAUCCAUAAGCACAAUGAUCAUUUUUAUUCAUUUGAAACUUGAGCAGAAUAGAUACCGCAUGCUUUAUGAAGUUGCUUUGUCUGGGAGCCCAGAAAUGAGUGUUUCUUUGCUGCUGUGGGCUGAGGGUAACUGCUGCUGUUAGAGAGAGGUUAGCUGUGGCACCAAGUCAUAUCAGUUUCACACACACAAAGGUAACCUGUAGCUUACUCUAUAGUUAAAACCUGGCAUUCAUAAGGUGUUCAUUCAGUUGUAAAUGUUCGAUGUAUUUAUUCUGAGAGUGAGGACCUGUGAUUUGCGAACGGGUGUGGUUGUGUGUCAGAGUGCUGUGGUGAGGCCCUCGUCCAGGCUCAUUGUGUACUCACUCUGUUUUGACGUAUUUUAAUAUGAGGAUCUAUGUGUUUCCACUAUUAACUUCUGGCCGGUACUACUAACUGCAGUGUCAGUGGCCUUUCCAUAUUCAAACCUGUUUUGGGGCAGUGGAAUUUAACCCAGAGCAAUAGAGUGACUUGGCCGAAUUGUUGCCAGUGAGGAAAUCUAUAUGGUGAUUUGUUAGGAGAUUGGUGAGAAACAAUUGCUCAGGCUCCAGAAUCUUUAUUCUUCAUAAAUGAUGUGUAUUUCAGGUAUUUCUGUAAGUACUUCCCCUUCUCCGUGAGGGCAUGGUGUAGGUAUUCUUGUUUAAAUCCUAUGUCCAGUGUAGUCCUGACUAACUACAUGUAGUAGGAUUAAUAUUUUAUGCAGCAAAUGGGACUUAGGUGAAAAUGUAGACAGCUAAGAAAUUAGGUAAGUAAUUAUUUUCUUUGCAUCUUAGUCUCAGGUUCUUAUGAACCAGGUAACUGGAUAAAUAGCUUAUAUAAGGCAAACCAGGAAAGCGGUGCUUCUGAAUAGAACUGACCAGUGCAGUGAGGCGCUGGAUUCCUCAGUGCGUGUAUUUCAACAGUUGGAGGCUUCAUAGGCGUCAGUCCCAGAGAGAAUCUGUCAAGGAAACAUUCAUGCUUACUAAUAAAAAAAGGCCAUUUGCAGUUUAAUUUAUGGUGUGUAUACUGCAUUCUGGCAUUUGCUAAGGACCCAUGUUGUUCUUCUCAGCCAGAGUCUGUGUCCUGCCAUGGAUAGUGCUUUGUCCAAGGUCUUAGAAGACCUUGGAUUUUCUGGGCCUUGUCCAUAGUGAUGCUCUUUAGUCUAUUUUGACUUUAAAAAUUAAUAGAACUUUUAUAUAUGUCCUAUAACUCCAGGAUUCCUAGUACAGGGAGCCCUGCUCCUAGGUCUUGAACUCCUGAUUUGUUUUAUUCCUCCCCCCCCACCCUUUUGUUGUUGUUGUUGUUUUUGUUUUACUCCUCUUUUUUCUAAUCAAGAUCUUCUGUGUGGACCAAAUACUUCACUGAGUUCUGGAGCAUAUCUCCGUGGUGACCCCAAGUGUAUGCUCUUGAGUGUGUCACUGACCUGCAGUAGCCACCCCGUGUGCAAGACCAUAUGCUGAGGGAAGGUGCCAAUAAAUUCAAGAAGAAAUGACAAAAAAUUUUAACACAGUAAUCUUAAACACAGAUUUUUUAGGGAGGCUUGAAGAUAGUGAAGGGUGGCAAGUUCUCCACAUCAUCAGUGGGAUUGUAAAUCUUGGGCCAUGUGUCUCAUUUUAAAAUUGAAUCUAAAGCAAUAGAACUGACUGUUAGUACUUUGCUGAAAUACAUGCUAACAUUCAGUGCACAGGAAACUGAAUGAAGGUUUAACGAAUGCCAUGGAUUCUGUCAGUGAUCUGCAUUCGCUACAAGAGGUGCUUUCCCAUGAUGUAGGCAGAAGUUGGUGCCAAUAAGAAAUGUUCACUAUGGUGACUGGGUUCAGCAUUUCCAAUGCAGCAUUAUCGCCUUUAAAGAUAUUUUGUGAGUAUAUAUUAGCUUUCACUUUUGUUACUAAAUUAUAGCAGUUUCAUUAUAGAGAGCAAGUUUGCCUUGAUUUUGUUUUAAAAUGACUUCUGCUCAGCACCCAGAAGAUAAAAUUGACAUAUUUUUAUAAUAUAAGCAUACUUUUUUUGUACAUUGUGUUCAUUCAGUGUUGGCUUGUAGAUAUUAAAAGAAAGUAUUGAUUUUGAUUCAAUAAAUGUUUUCUUUCCA